AUGCAGUCAUCCUCUCAGCACCGGCUCCAGGGACCACCAGCUGGUCAGUACGUGCCUCAGGGACUGCCGGUUGCUCAGUAUAGGCCUCAGAUUGGUCGGUACAGGCCUCAGGGACUGCCGAUUGGUCGGUACGGGCUUCAUAGACCUCCCGCUGGUCAGUACGAACCACCGGCUGGUCAGUACGGGAAUCAGGGACAUCCCGCUGGUCAGUAUGGACAUCCCGCUGGUCAGUACGGACAUCCCGCUGGUCAGUACGGACUGCCGGCUGGUCAGUACGGGAAUCAGGGACAUCCCGCUGGUCAGUAUGGACCACCGGCUGGUCAUCACGGGAGCCAGGGACCUCUCGGUGGUCAGUACGGCUUUCAGGGACAUUCAGCCGCAGCCGGAAUGCAGGUGAUGCAUACUAAUUUCACUAAGCAUUGA